AUGGGAAAAGCGAACGAUGAUCAGAAGAUGAUAAAGGAGUUUAAGAGGAAGGGUGCGAUUUUUAUACCGAAUAAUGUGCCGGCUGAGGAGUUUUAUAAUAAAUGCAAGGAGAAGGACAAUGUUGCGCUGAAAGAUGUGUUCUUUAAUCCGAAAGAUAAUGAGAUUUUUAGCAUUGGGACGGAAAUUGACGAUGUUCAGGUGAGAAAGUUUAUUCUGGAUCAGGGCUGUUCGGAAUUCUGAAGCCGAGCGUCGGAACACAUUCCGAAUUAUUUUAAGAACAAAAUUCUACGUCAUAGUUAAUCCACGUGGACAGUGCCGCUGACGCGGAAGAUAGCGGUCUACACUAGCUUCCGCAUCUCCGCUGAAAUUCCAAUAAAAAUCUGAAAAUGCUGGAAUUUCCUUAUAAGAGAAUUCCAGUUUUCAAAUUUUUAUUGGAUAUUUCAGAAAGGACUAGGGCGGGGCUUUCGGGCGGGGCGGUCACGUGAAAACUGUACCAUAGUAAAUCCACGUGGCCGAUAAAGCGGAACAUAGGCUACGCUCCUGUUUUCGGAAUUUUGAACUCUGAGAAAAAUGUUGGUAUGAAAAAUCGAAAUUCUGAAUUCCGAUAUGACCAUCAGAAAUGAGACAAAGUCCAUUAAUAUCAGAUCUCGAAUUUUCUGAGCUUAUCCCAAAAUCAAAAAUUUCCAGUUCGACGUUGAUUCCUCAAUGGACUCCACAAUCGCCUCUUCAAAAUUAUCCAACAAAGGUUUCUCCACAAAAACCGCUCCGAAAAUCAUUGCCGCAAAAACGCCGGUUCAAAAACCCAAGGCGUUAUCGAAAGAAGCUACGAUCAAAAGUAAACGCGAUAAAUCGAAUAAUCGAACGAAACGAAGUGUACGAAAGAGUGUUCGGAAGAAUAAGGAGAGCAAAGAACAAGUUCGAGGAGCAUCGAAAGAAGAUGCGAAAAAGUGA